AUGAGGAGAAAAGGAAAUCCAUCACUUCUCCUCUCACCUCUCACCAUCACCGUGCCAAAUGGGGGUCCCUGGGGCUCCUGGGGGCACAGGCAAUUCUGCUCCAGUGGCUGUGCCAAGGGAUUUGAAUUGAAGGUCCAGCCCUUCCAGGGAUUUUGGCUGUUUGGUGAUGACUCGGCUCUGAACAGCACAAUCAUGAGUCCUCUGUGGGAGGUUGUUUUUCCCUCUGGCAGGUGGGGGAGCUGGACGGAGGCCCAGCUCUGCUCCAGCAGCACGCUGGUUUCGUUCUCGCUGCGCCUGGAAGGGCAGUACCUGCAUGACAACGCUGCGGUCAGCAACGUGAGGUUGGCCUGCUCCAACAGGACAGGCCUGAAGGGAUGGGGACUUUCAGGGGGUCACUUCAGCCCAUGGAGCAGCAACUGCACCUCUGGGGCCAUCUGUGGGCUCCAAAUGAAGGUGGAGAAACCUCAGGGAAAGAGGGAUGACACAGCUCUCAAUGACAUGAGCGUCUUCUGCUGUGAGUAA